AUGCUACCUACAUAUACACACUCCCUCACGUACCUCCGUUUUCUCCUGCCCAAGAGCAAACUAGUGGGAGAUGGUAUAAGAUAGAUAAUUAUUCAAGACCCGAAUACCCCAGAUAAACACUCUCGAGUACGCGGUUUCCUUGUGGGUCUUUUCUGCUCUCUCUCUCGAGACUUGACUGUGCUCAGGUUUCUAUGUCUCCUCUGACAAAGAUAGAUACUUGGGAGACUAAGAAAGUGAGAGACUUCUAGCGGUAGUUUGUAGCAUCCAGCAGUAGAAGUAGGACUCGUACAAUUUAAAAUUUAAUUGAACCAAGGGGAAAUUGAUUUCUAACUGAUUAUACAAGAUGAGGACCGUUGAUUCUUCAGAGUGCCCAAGUAGUAUGUGUGGAUUCUUGGUUGUUGAAGCUUAUCCUAAAAGGUAUUCUUCUAAGAUCCCCUCUGAUUUGGUCCUUUUCUUGGGCCUUGGUUUCAUAGAUUGGUAAUAUAUGUUUGUAUCACCAUUCAUUUUACUCCUCUGCCUACUUUUCUGUAUACUUAAUAUUUCUCGAAUUCUUCCAUUCCUCAUAUAGGAUACAGAUUUUGUUUCUGUGUCUUCAGUAACUUCAUUUCUAGGUUUUCUGUAACCAAGAUUACAGAUUUGAUGGGUAUGAUUCAGUAUCUCCCGCCUGUCUUUGGAGGGUUCAAUGAAAUUCUUGGGUUUGGGUUGGAUUUAGUCUUCAUCUAGCCCUUUCUUCUUUGUCUUACUGUAUUUACUGUAUACUUAUACUAAGGGAUAUUAAAGUUUUUCUUGGAGGGGGAAAAAAGGAAUACUCUUUUUUUUUUUGGAUCUUAUUGUAUUUUCUUCUCUUGUUCUCGAUUUCUGUUUAACUUUUUCUUUUUUCCUAUCUAUUGGGUCGGGAGGUGUUUUUUUGUUUGUCCUAUAUUUCAAUUCAGAGUACUUUGUGAUUGACAGUUACACAACUUCAGUCUUGUUAAAACUAAGGGUAUAGAAAACCUGUGAGAUUUCAUGAAGUUGAUAUGGUUAUGUAGUAGGCACACAUGAUGAAUAAAUUUAGGAUAUUAAUGGAGGUGGGUUGUUGUAGUUGGGACUGAUAUGAUGGGGGUGUUUGUAAAGAUUGCUUUUUUGUUCAAAUAAUCCUUGGUGGUGAAUAUUAUUAUCCACCGAUAACCUGAAAUCUCCUGGGAGACCUUGUGAGAUGGUAGAUUCUCUUCUCACAUCUUUAUCAAUGGAGAAUCAUCACCCUUCGACCCUGUUGUCAAUGGAUUCAAGUGCCUCCUCUUCACACGAUGAGCUUGAUCUAGAGAUGAAUCGGCAAGUUGUUUUACCCCGUCCGCCGCCUGAUAUUAACCUACCUCUAUCCACUGAGCGUAAUUCACCUCAGUCAUGGAACCCAGAACACUGUGACAUUCUUGAUGUUGGGCUUGGGUCCCAAAUGUACGAGACAGAAACUUUUCUCACUGUUCCCAAGGUUGGGAGGAAAUGUGCCAAAAGGGGUGAUAGCAUCUGGGGUGCUUGGUUUUUCUUUAGCUUUUACUUUAGGCCAGUAUUGAAUGAGAAAUCAAAGGCCAAGAUUACAAGGGAUGGUAAUGGUCUUUCUGGGUUUGACAAAUCUGAUCUGCAGCUUGAUGUCUUCAUGGUUCAGCAUGAUAUGGAGAAUAUGUACAUGUGGGUUUUUAAGGAAAGGCCUGAGAAUGCACUGGGUAAGAUGCAACUUCGGAGCUAUAUGAAUGGCCAUUCUCGUCAAGGAGAGCGUCCUUUUCCAUUUAGUGUUGACAAGGGUUUUGUACGAUCUCAUAGGAUGCAACGAAAGCAUUACAGGGGCCUCUCAAACCCCCAGUGUGUUCAUGGUAUCGAGGUUGUUCCAUCCCCUAAUCUUUUGGGUCUCGAUGAAGAUGAAAGAAAAAGGUGGGCCGAACUAACAGGGAGGGACAUAAACUUCACUAUCCCACACGAAGCAAGUGAUUACGGUUCUUGGAGAAACCUUCCCAGCACUGAGUUUGAGCUUGAGAGACCACCCCCUAUAAUAAAGAACAAUUCCCAUUCCCAGUCAAAAAAAUUGCUUAAUGGGUCAGGAUUGAAUCUAUCUACUCAGCCAUCCAGCCAUAGCAAUGGGGAUUCAAUGGAUCUAUCACCUGUUAGUGGCAAGAGGAGGAAAGAUUUCUUCUCACAUGGAAAUGAAGAGGACUGUUAUCUGACAGUGAAUCCUCCUGAUCGAAUUCCUGAUCUGGAAACUCACCCGAAUGAGCCUCACUGGUUGAAUGAAUUUAGUGGCGUAUUAAGGCAUGUCUAUGGACCGGUAACAGCUGCAAAAUCAAUCUACGAGGAUGAAGAAGGUUACUUGAUCAUAAUUAGCUUGCCGUUUGUUGACCUUCAAAGGGUGAAAGUUUCAUGGCGCAAUACUCUCACACAUGGGAUCAUCAAAGUGUCUUGUGUGAGCACAUCUCGAAUGCCCUUCAUCAAGAGGCUCGAUAGGACUUUCAAGCUGACAGAUCCUUCUUCAGAACACUGCCCUCCAGGAGAAUUUAUUAGGGAGAUCCCUCUUUCAACCCGCAUACCUGAAGACGCGAAUAUAGAAGCAUACUAUGAUGGAACAGGGACAGUGCUAGAGAUUCUAGUGCCAAAACUUCGCGAGGGGCCAGAAGAACAUGAAGUCCGAGUUUGCCUACGGCCUCAUUUUGCAGGCAAUGAUCUUAUGUUGACUUGAGAGGCACAGCUAAGUUGUAUGGGUGGUUGGUUAGUGAUGGUGCUUCAUUGUGUACUGACUUUUUUAGUAAUCAAGACGUCAGAACAAGUGCCUCAAAACUUGUUUAUGUUUCAUUUUAGGUUCAGAUAUUGCUUUUGGUUGUUUGGUGAUAUUCAUCUACCAGGCCUUGAUUACACAACCAUCCUUUUGCUGUUGUAUUCUCUUAAAUGGUUGCUAUUCAAGUUAUUACUGGAGUUUCUCUAUAUUGGUAUUCGUUCCCCAAUCUGUUUGUGGAAACAUGCUUAGACGCACCUAAAUAAAUGAAAAUAUUCGUUCUUGUAUA